GUUGGAGAAGAUUCGCACCAUCCAAAUAGUGAAAGGAUAAACCUAAUUUCAUACUGAGAUCCAGAUCAGGGAGUCUGGGUAUCUCUUUACCGGAGCAACUCGCCGAUCUUGUAUUCUGGUAUUCGGAGAGCGCGUAGAUUUCACCAGCGGAAGCUCGCGAUUUUCGUCCAACUGUGAAGGUAUGGCAGGGAAGAAAGGAUUAACGGAGAAGGCGACGGCUUUGCAGAAAGGAAAGCGAGGGCGUGAUGCGAUUGAGAAGGAAGACACUAUGUCAGCUGGAAAAUCUAGAUUGACUGGUCAGAAUGGUAUUAGCGGAAAGCAGGAAGGUUCCUGCCCUGUUGGCAAGAAGAUGAUCCCAUCGGCAGAUGGAUCAUCAUCCAAUUGCCAAAUGGAGAUGGAAGCAGCAAAUAAUGGUGGUCACAUUGAUGGCGCCAUAAUAUCAGCAUGCGAUCCAAAACAAUUCAAACGUGUUGUGAAGGCCCUGUCUAAGGAAAAGAUCAAUGUAAUUGUGGGGAUGGGGUUUGGACCUGUUGAUUCCUUUAGAUGCAGCAAGCUGAACAUGCCACUGUGCCGAAUGUUGAUUGAGAGGUUUGAUGUGUUGGAGCAAACAAUUAACAUACAUGGGCGGCACCUAUCAAUCACGGAGAAAGACUUCAAUCGGCUGAUGGGACUGAGUUGUCGUGGAAUGGAAGUAGAUCUUCAUUGCUCAGAUGUAGAUGAUGUUGUAGCCAAGUUAAAGACAAAGCUCCAUGUGGAAGAUGAUGAUAUAAGCGUUGAUAGGCUGAGGGAUAUUGUGUUGUCCUCACCUGAUGAGGGGGAAAUAUUUAUAGUGAGUUUUGCACUUUACGCACUCUCCAUAAUGUUCUGCCCAUCCCCAACAGGUCACGUAGAUCAACAGCUGCUAAUACCUUUGAGGCACCCACAGGAUAUUAGAAGGAAAAACUGGUCUAGGUUUGCCUAUAAGAAGCUGGUGGAGGGAGUGUUGUCUUAUCAAAGAAGCAAAGGUUCUCAUGUAGCUGGGUGCCUAGUUUUCCUGCAGCUAUUCUACCUAAGUGUACUUGGUGAAAGAACCCUGAUGAUUCCUAGGAUAGAAGGUCCUGUGAGGUCAUUUGGUCGAAAUGAGUGUAAUAGGAUCUACAAAUGGAUCGAAGGGCUCGGGGGAUUCUAUGCAACUGAAGGAAUAUGGGUUACAAAGAGACAUACAACGGUUAGAUCGACAACUAAUUCAGGUUCUCGGGAUUACAGCACCGGGUUGAAAACCAAUUUGGUCGAUGACGUUUCUGAUUUGAAAAGGAACAUGGCUGUGGUAAAAGAUGGGGUAGAGAGAUUGGAAUCAAUUGCGCGGCAGAUGGGUCCAGACGUUGCUUACAUGAGGAAGUCUUUGAUGGAAUUACAUUUUUCUGUUUUGGAGAAAUUUGGUGAAGGUAUGGAGGAUUUUGUUAGUGAUGUCGAGACGGCUGUCCGCUUACACUUUGAAAAGUCUAUAUCUGGAACGCCGGUGGGCUGGGAAAAUGAGACAUCACAUCCCGAAUGUAAUGAAGGGACUGAUACCUUACACAGAGACGGACUGCCUAAGACGAACAUAGAAGUGCCGCAGGAUCAUGUGAAACCUACACCUACAGAGUUAUGUAGUUUUGGUGGGAGUAAGUUUGGAAGCGUAGCCGAUCUAUCUCCGGAAGAUAAGGAUUUGAUGGCGUACCUAUUUAGCUUAAAGUCCCGCAGAGGCGAUAUUUUGGGAAGCAGCAAUGAAAUUGGAAGAUACAGUGGUUUCAGUGUUUCUAUCUGGGACCUCAAGUGCCUGUCUGCCAAAAAUUGUAUCAGCAGUGAGGUUAUAAACUUGAUGGGAGCGUAUUGCUUUGCUAAUACUGAUGACCUCUGGUUUUUGCCGACUUUUUUCUCCGAGCGUGCACAAGAAGCUGUACCGGAAACUCAUGUUGAAUCCCACAUAGCAUCCACCAUUGCCUUAUGCAAUCUACGAAAAUUACAUGGCCAGCUACAUGCUUGUAACAAGGUUGUUACAUUUAGAUGA